AUGCAUGCAUCACUCGGCCGCCUGGCCAGUCUGUCGUUCGCAUUCCGUUUUGCUUUUGCUCAGUCGACGACGCUCACCGUCGAAACUGUGCCGGCUCCUCCACCGCCGCCAGUUAUACCGGUCGGAAGUAUCCUUACCACCACGACGUUAGAGGAGACCGUGUUAUACACAUGUCCGCCGGCGCCGACGAUUUUCAUUAAUGUGACUGAGACUGAAUAUGUGCCGCUCACUUCCACCACCACGGCUUCUUACUUCGAGACCGAUACAACCACUCUCCCAAUCACCAUAUUCCAGACCAUCAUCUCAACCACCAUCUUGACCACGACCGAGAUAGUGACGGAAACAUCAACGACCGUCUCGAUUACCCCUACCACGGCGACGUUGAUUGAGACGUCAACAACACUCUCGAUCAGCCCUACCACUGACACACUGACCGAGACAUCCACCACCGUCUCCAUCAGCCCUACCACUGACACUGCGACGCUGACAGAAACAUCAACCACUGUCUCGUCGACGACUAAUACAGAGACAGCAACCGAAAUCAUCUCGGUGUACGAGGUAACCUCUCAGGCGACGAGCAUUACACUAUGUCCCACCCGAAUUGCCAACCCAACCUUCACCGCGCUUGGUCCAUAUCCCACCGACUGGACAUGGGGAUGUCCUCCUGGUUGGCUGUGCAAACCUCUUCAGCAGAAUUGCAAUUUCGAGGCUGGCAUACCCGACCGAAACUUUUACUGCAGCCCGAAUGAGUGCAUUCCUGCCAAUGCGUUGCCGACCCCGCUACCCACCUGGGACGCGGAUAUCUAUGGCAAUGUCACUCCGGUGACCGAUCCCGCGCUGCACAUCGACGCCAUCCAGAAUUACUUCAACAUGGACCCGAUCGACUUCGGGCUGACGUAUGAGAUCUUUGUCGUGAACGAGGUCUUCACCCUGACCACGACCAUCUUCGAACCCCCGAGUCCCACCGUCGCCGCAAGGCAGGCCCAAACCAGCAUCCCGGGCGCCUGUUAUCCGUGGUGCAACAACUGUCUGCUGGAAGCCCAGGCCAACGGCAAGACGUCGGCACUCUGUGUCCCCGGCUCGGCCUUUGACGUAUCUCUGGUGCAAUGCGAGCAGUGCAUCGACUACCACAAGUCCGACGACAGCGGCAGUUUCGUGGAGAUUGCGCCCCAGUUCCAACAAUUCCUCGACUACUGCAACCAGUUCUCGACCGUGGUCGUCACCACCUCUGUCGUGGCGACCACAACCAACGCCGCAGGGUCGGUAUACAGUACAGUGUCUGGUACGUUGUCGACCACCGUGGUCCCCACGAGUGCACCACCUCCGUCAUCGGUCGCCAGCCAGCCGACGUCGGUCGUGACGGUAGUUGCCUCGACCGCGACCUUGACGCCAUCGUCAUCGCCACCACCACCACCGCCAUCGACGACCGUUUCCAGCUCGUCAGUCCCCGUGACGACCUUGUCGUCGUCAUCCCAACCAUACACCACGACCGCAACGGUCGUGACCACCUCUUAUUCCCACGUCACCGUCUCCGGCCCGGCGUGGUCCCAAGUCACCAUCAUCCUGCCCGUGAGCCACAACAGCACCACCACCGUGUACGGAAGCCAGUUGACGAGCGGCGGCGCGACCCUUGUCCUGCCCACCUCGCCCCACACAACCAGCUACACCACGACCAUGACGGUGACUCCCGGCGCCGAGCAGAUUUCCGGCGCAUCCGUCGUCGCCGCGAGCACAUCCUCCUCGGGCCACGCAACCUCACACACCUCCUCGACCACCGCGUCGCCGUCGACCUUCACCGGCGCGGCCGCCGCAAUCAGACUCCGCGCAUCGACAGAUGCCCACCACCAGCAGCAAUCAACGGCGCUCGGGUUGAUCAUUUGCUUGGCAUUCAUGCUGGUGUUGCUGUAA